AUGGCGCAGAUCUUGCUUCAUGGGACCCUUCAUGUGACGAUCUAUGAAGUGGACAGGCUGCACAAUGGAGGUGGGGGGAAUCUUUUCAACAAGCUCAUGGCCAACAUCGAGGAGAGCGUAGGGUUCGGCAAAGGGACCCCCAAAAUCUACGCAACCAUUGACCUGGAGAAGGCUAGAGUCGGGCGCACCCGAACCCUGGAGAAGGAACCUAACAACCCCAGGUGGUACGAGUCCUUCCACAUCUACUGCGCUCACAAUGCCUCGAACGUGAUAUUCACUGUCAAGGACGAUAACCCGAUCGGAGCCACUCUGAUCGGUCGGGCUUACGUGCCCGUCACCGAUCUCCUCGACGGUGAAGAAAUCGAUCGAUGGGUCGAGAUACUCGACGAGGACAAAAAUCCAAUAAAGGAAGAGUCCAAAAUCCACGUGAAGCUCCAGUUUUUCGAUGUAUCCCGCGAUCGCAACUGGGCCCGCGGGAUAAAGAGCGCUAGGUACCCCGGAGUCCCAUACACUUUCUUCUCCCAGAGAUCGGGCUGUCGUGUCUCCUUGUACCAGGAUGCUCAUGUCCCGGAUAAUUUCAUCCCGAAAAUCCCAUUAUCCGGUGGGAAAUACUACGAACCGAGCAGAUGCUGGGAAGACGUGUUUGAUGCCAUUACUAACGCCAAGCACUUGAUUUACAUCACGGGCUGGUCUGUUUACACCGAGAUCACUUUGAUACGUGACUCAAGGAGGCAGAAGCCCGGGGGAGAUAUUACUCUCGGCGAGCUUCUCAAGAGGAAGGCGAGUGAAGGCGUUCGCGUGCUCAUGCUCGUGUGGGACGACCGAACCUCGGUUGGUCUUUUGAAGAAGGAUGGUCUAAUGGCGACUCACGACGAGGAGACCGAACAGUAUUUCCAAGGCACGGACGUGCACUGCGUGCUGUGCCCGCGUAACCCGGACGAUGGCGGGAGCUUCGUGCAGGACCUUCAGAUUUCCACCAUGUUUACUCACCACCAGAAGAUUGUGGUUGUCGACAGUGAUCUGCCGAGCGGACAAUCGGACAGGAGGAGGAUCGUGAGUUUCGUGGGUGGAAUCGACCUCUGUGACGGAAGGUACGACACGCCGUUCCACUCGCUAUUCCGGACUCUAGACACGGCCCACCACGACGACUUCCAUCAGCCCAACUACACGGGAGCCGCCAUCGCCAAAGGCGGGCCACGCGAGCCCUGGCACGAUAUCCACUCACGGCUCGAAGGCCCGAUCGCGUGGGACGUGCUGUUCAAUUUCGAGCAGAGGUGGAAGAAACAGGGUGGGAAGGAUGUUCUGCUCCACUUGAGGGAUCUCGAUGAUGUCAUCAUUCCUCCUUCCCCGGUUGUCUACCAAGAUGACCACGAGACGUGGAACGUGCAGCUUUUCCGGUCGAUCGACGAGGGGGCUGCCUUCGACUUCCCAGCCACUCCCGAAGAGGCUGCCCGGGCCGGGCUCGUGAGCGGGAAGGACAACACUAUUGACAGGAGCAUCCAGGAUGCGUACAUCCAUGCAAUUCGCCGGGCCAAGAACUUCAUUUACAUCGAGAAUCAAUAUUUCUUAGGGUCGUGUUACGGCUGGGAUUCAUCUGAUAUUAAGGUGGAGGAUAUUGGGGCGUUGCAUCAUAUCCCCAAAGAGCUGUCUUUGAAGAUCGUGAGCAAGAUCGAGGCUGGGGAGAGAUUCACUGUGUAUGUCGUGGUUCCAAUGUGGCCCGAGGGGAUACCGGAAAGUGCUUCGGUUCAGGCUAUAUUGGACUGGCAGAGGAGGACGAUGGAGAUGAUGUAUAAGGACAUCAUUCAGGCCCUUCGGGCCAAGGGUAUCGAAGAAGACCCUAGGAACUACUUGACGUUCUUCUGUCUCGGUAACAGAGAGGUGAAGAGGAGCGGGGAGUACGAGCCAUCCGAGAGCCCAGAGCCCGACUCGGACUAUGAGAAGGCUCAGCAGGCUCGCCGGUUUAUGAUUUACGUUCAUGCCAAGAUGAUGAUAGUUGAUGACGAGUACAUCAUAAUUGGGUCGGCCAACAUUAAUCAGAGGUCGAUGGACGGGGCGAGAGACUCGGAGAUUGCAAUGGGGGCCUACCAACCGUACCACCUCGCUAGCAGGCAGCCCGCCAGAGGGCAGAUCCAUGGCUUCCGGAUGGCCCUAUGGUACGAGCAUCUUGGCAUGAUCGACAACUCCUUUCUCCGCCCAGAGAGUGAAGAAUGCGCUGCCAAAGUGAAUCGUAUGUCCGACAAGUACUGGGACCUUUUCGCUAGUGAGGAGCUCGAACGGGACCUUCCGGGCCACCUGCUCCGUUACCCGGUCGGAAUCACUAGCGAGGGCGAAAUUACAGAAUUGCCCGGGACUGAAUUCUUCCCGGACACUAAAGCGCGCGUGCUCGGUGCCAAGUCAGACUACCUCCCGCCCAUCCUCACGACAUGA